CAAGUGCAGCUGUAAUCUGAGAAGUGUCAACUGAGAGUGCUGAGUGUUGUGAUAAGAUAUGAACAUAACCUUUAAAAUAUCAAUAAUAAUAUUUUAAAAUUUGGAAUUAAGUAUAUUUAUAUCUUCACAAUAUUAAGAUACUAUCUAAUGAAAGCAAUAAGUGAUUUUUAAUACAUUUGUAUCGACUACAAUAAUUUCAGUAAAAUGAUUUCAUAUGAAAAUAAAACUAUCCUGGCUCCAAUGGUGCGUAUUGGCACUUUACCUAUGCGAAUAUUAGCCCUACGUUACGGAGCAGAUAUUGUGUAUUCGGAAGAAUUAAUAGACUGGAAAUUCUUGCGCUCUAAACGCAGGUAUAAUGAUAUACUUAAAACAGUGGACUAUGUGGAUCAAACUGAUGGUACCAUAGUAUUUCGUACAUGUGCAGAGGAAUAUGGGAAAGUCGUUCUUCAGCUAGGCACCUGUAAUGCUGAAAGAGCUCUGAAAGUGGCAAAGCUUGUAGAAAAUGAUGUUGCAGCAAUUGAUAUUAAUAUGGGUUGUCCUAAAGAGUUUUCCAUUAAAGGUGGUAUGGGUGUGGCACUAUUGGGGCAGCCAGAUAAGGCUUACAAUAUUUUAAAUACACUUGUAAAUAAUCUUUCAAUACCAGUCACUUGCAAGAUCAGAAUUUUAGAGACUCCAGAGGACACACUGAAAUUAGUUGAGAAAUUGGCAAGUUCUGGAAUUAAAGCUAUAGCCAUUCACGGAAGAACAAAAAACGAAAGACCCCAGCAUGCUGUACAUACCGAUAUUAUAAAAUAUGUUGCAGAAAGAUUGUCUAUUCCAGUUAUAGCAAAUGGUGGUUCUAAGGAAAUAGAAAAGUACACAGAUAUAAUUAAAUUUAAAAAUUUGACUGGGUGCUCCAGUGUCAUGUUAGCAAGAGCUGCUGAAUGGAACUGUUCAAUAUUCAGAAAAGAUGGUUUAUUACCUAUGGAUACGGUAAUUAAGGAAUAUCUGAAACUUGCUAUAGACUUUGAUAAUUCACCAUCUAAUACAAAAUAUUGUAUUCAAAAUGUCCUACGAGAGUUACAAGAUACACCCAGAGGGAGAAGAUUUUUAGACUGUCAGACCUUGGAACAAAUAUGUGCAAUAUGGGAUAUGGAUGAUUACUGCAGAGAGAAACAGAGCCUCUAUCAAACAUUGGGUAUAAAUGGAAGAUGGCAAGUGAGUCCUGAUGAGUUGCAACCACCUAAUAAGAAAUUCAAAACCACAGAUAAUGAAAAUCUGGAUGAUAUUGAACAAAUGAAGGUAUGUUUUAUCCGGGCGAAUUUCACUGACCUAACAUUGCCAAAAACAGAACUUCACAGCUGGGUUGGCAAGAAUGGCUAUAAACUUCCUACAUAUGAAACACAACAAGUACAGAAACUUUUUAGAACAAUAUUGACAUUUGAUGGGAAAAAAUAUACUUCUUCAUUUUGGGAAAAGAAUAAAAAAUUUGCAGAACAGGGUGCUGCGUUGGUCUGUUUAUUUUCCUUGGGUCUAAAAACUAGAGAGGAUUUGAUUAACCUUGGCAGUAUAAUUAAAUGAGUGAAACAUUAAAUAAGUUUUUCAUUCUAUUUUAUUCUGUUUAAAUUGUUGCGUUUUCAUUGUCUCUAUAUUUUCUACUAAUUCUUUAUCAAGAGUUACUAGUUCGGAAUUGAGGAUAUCAUGUUUUUGUAAACCGUUAUUCAAUUGCUUCAAUUUUGAAUAGCAAUCAAAAGCUUCUCGCAGCGGGUCAUCAUCCAAGCUUAAUUGAAGAGGCUCUUCCAAUUGUAGAAUACCCGAAUCCGAUAAAUCUUCCAAAAUAUAUUGUGGAGAUGGUAAAUUUGGAAUUGAAUGUUUGUUACUAUCCAUUACUUAAUAAUUGUGGUAAUAUUCUCUGAUAUUUAUUUAAACAAUGCACGAAUUAACAAAUACACCAAAGUUAAAAUAUGUACAGGUACAGACUGAUUGUCGUUGACAAA